AUGUUCCGUAGGAUUCUUUAUUUCUUAGUCUACUGGCUGAUACAUAAGGCGUUUAGCGUUUACGCUUCUAGUCAGAACUGGAUUUCAUGGGGUAGCAACUAUUUGUUGAAUUUUCUCUACCAUCACCACUGUAGUCGUGACCUUAUUCGCAGAGAUACAAUUAAAUUGAACAAGAAACCAAGACAUUUGUCUGUUUUAUUGGAAUGUCACGAUAACACCGGGCUGGAAGGAUUAAUUCAUGAUACAUGUGAACUAGCCGCAUGGUGCAUUUGUUCUGCUAUACCCGAGCUUACGAUUUAUGAAAGAAAGGGGUUCCUGAAACGAUAUCCUGAAGCUAUGGAGAAAGCUAUUUACUCUCAUCUUCCAUUUUAUGUGGGCCGUGAAAAAUGCGUUGUACAAGUUCGUAACUCCUGUUCAAAUAAUGAAAAAGAGCAAGAGGUACCCAAGGAUUUGAAGGUCCAUUUAAUUGCCGAGGAGGACGGAAGAGAUGCCAUCAUUGACUUAACCCGUGGACUAGCCGAUUUGGCUACCAAGAAAGUAAUAACGAGUGAACAAGUAACCCAAGAGUUGAUUGACAAAGAGUUGACUGAAAGCGUUAUUCCGGAGCCUGACCUAUUAAUUAUUUUCUCACCCUACCUCAAAUUACGAGGGUUCCCUCCUUGGCAGUUGCGUUUGUGUGAAAUUUUCCAUGACCCAGUCUUUACCAGUCCCAGCUAUUUGAGUUUUUAUAAAGCACUCACCAGAUACUCCACUGCUGAGAUGCGCCUUGGUCAUUGA